AUGCUGCCUCUGGACCAAGAGUGUUUGUUUGUUUGUACAGUCCCUAUAAUAACCAUAUUUUUCCUUCCACAGAUUGUUUGCUACAUAUACUUCACAAGAAUAAUAGUCUACCUGUUGAAGAUCACAGUGCCGUUCCAGUAUGAGUGGCUGGGUCAGUUCUUUGCGGAGCUGGCCACGUACGUGUUCUUUGUCAUGACGGGCUACAAGUUCCGCCCUGUCUCCACAACCCCUACCUACAAGUCUCACAGGAAGACGAGGACAUCGAGAUGGAAGAAGUUGUAACAGAAACAGGCUGGAACGAGGGCGUGGUCAGGGUCAACCAGGGGGGCAAGGUCACCAGCACCCAGGACGGCCUGGCCAAUCCCAAGCCACCAGACAACAGCCAUGACGCCUAAGCAAGCAGCUGUGUCGUUGGACAGUGUGAGAAAAAAGUGAGAAAGACUUCUUGCCAGGAGAUUGCACAUUGAGGAAAACUUAAGUCAAUAUUCUAGUCACUUAUCUACAUACUGAGUUAAAACCACACUAUCCCAAAUGAAUGUAUAUUGACCCUU